UAAAUUUUUAUGGGUGGGGCUAAUUUGGAUUUACCAAUUUUUUUUAAAUAAAAUCUUUCUUGUCUUUGUUCAUUUCUCCUUUAGAUAUGUUUAAGCUCCAGCAGAAGAGAAAGGAGGAGGACGAAAAGAAGGCAGCCCAGCCUUCCUUAGACAAGCAAAUGUCGAUAAGAAGCCGUUUCUUGACUCAAGAAAUCUCAGACUUGAACACACUUCUUCCUGAAACCUGUUCACUUAGAUUCCAAGACGUGAACGACCUCAGAAAAUUCGAGCUCAUCGUGACCCCGAACGAGGGACAUUGGAAAGGCGGUAAAUUUGUAUUUGAAGUAUCAGUCCCGAUAGAAUAUAAUAUUAAACCUCCAUCGGUCCUUUGCAAGACGAGACUUUGGCAUCCGAAUAUAAUGGAAGAUGGAAAGAUCUGUUUGAGUAUAUUACGGGAACAGACAGUCGAUGGAACUGGGUGGCUACCAACUCGAUCUCUGAAAGACGUAGUCUGGGGCCUUAACUCACUUUUCACCGAUUUGUUAAAUUUCGACGAUCCACUAAAUAUCGAAGCUGCAGAACAAUACGUUAGAGACCAGUACGAAUUCGAUAGAAAAGUCCGCGAAUACGUACGAAAAUACGCAUCUUAAAAAAAUCAUUAAUAUUUAUUAUACUAUUAUAAUAAUAAUAUUUUUUAAUACACCAUACAAUUAUUAUUAUUAGUUAUUAUUAUUAUUAUUGUGAUUAUUAUUAUUAUUAUCUAGACUCGUUAUAGUUGGAUGCAGCAGUGAGAGAGAGAGAGAGAGAGAUGGAGUGCCAUGUUGCAUCCAGAACACCAAAAUGCGUACAAAAA